CACAUUGAAUAACUCCAUUAAAAUAAUUGAGCAUUCCCAUUACCAUCUCUUUUUGCUUUCUCCUUUACAUCUACUUCCAUCGAAAGUAGAUGCUUUUAUUGUCAAAUGGAGGAUUAUAAACAGUCGACAUGGCCGCGACCAACUCAGUACAGCUUAACACAACAAGCGAUAACGUCUGCUGGGCGCUACAAAAUGAUGUCAAACAUUGUGAAAUUAAGCAGCACCAUAUUGGCCAUUAUAAUGGAACGUGCCUCAAGCUCCACGUUCAAUUGCAGUAACAAUUGGUGCAUACUGACCGGCUGGAAUCCAUCAGAGGAAGGCUUUUCCAUGCUGCAGUAUAAACCCACGGAUACAAAAAUCAUUUCCCUAGACAAUCUUACCAUACCCGAAAUGGGUAACCAGAUUUGCCAGGAAAUGUCAAAGUGGUUUAGUGAAAUUAUCAUCACAGAAUCUCACAUGCUUAAGUGGAUUUCAGUAUCAGAAGCAUGUCGCAUAGUCCGUCUCAACGUUGUAAACUCUUCCGUUAUUUGGUUUUGCUUUGAAAUGAAUACCUACGUAAAGCAGCUUAAAGUAAAACGCAGUCCACUAAACCUAAUUCCAGCGACGCUGCACCACCUGCCCAACCUGGAGCGUGUUGAGUUUCUUGCAACGGCUAUCGUCAGCAUUGAUUUCAGCAUGUUUUGCACCCUCCAGAAGCUAGAGCGUGUAGAUGUGAGCAAUGGCAAAUUGGCUCACCUAUCCGGUCCGACCGCUGCAACAGAGUGCAGCAAAAGUGGUCUGGAACAGAUUUACCUCAAUCGAAACCGCCUGAGGCACAUACAUUUAGACAUAUUUUCACCCUUCACAAAGCUGAUUCUAUUAGAUUUGAAUUUAAACGAAAUUGAGAACCUCACCGGUCAACUCACCAACCCGCAAAUGAAGAGCCUCCAACUAGCUCACAACCAUUUAAAGGUGAUCGAUUUCUGCGGCUGGACGGGCUCCAAGCUUCCAGAGCUGGUUCUGGCGUUCAACAAUCUAACCCGAGGACCGGGCUGUUUGUACAACAUACUGGCCAAAACGCAUAAUGCCAAUAAAUGGGCAGAAUUAUUCUAUCGUUAGUUUUGUUCGAGUAUUGUUUUAAUUUUAAGUUUACUUGUCAACUACCUAGUAAAUACUUAAUACUUGUUCAUGCUUCAAUACAGCUUUGACCAUUUGACUUACGAAAAUAUGUACAUUUUAUGUCGAAACAUGUGUUAGCUACCCAUGGAAAAUGUAUGCUAAUGACUAUUUCUGUCAAAUAACCAAACUUCUUUAAAAAAAAUCAAUGAGAAUAUACAAAUAAAACUACUAACUGCGUGCAUACCUGAACUCCGGAAGCGUCCAAAUAUUACCCACAAAACCUCCAAACCGUCAUACCAAAACCUUCUAAAAUUGAAACAGUGACAAAAAGCCGGCUUAUUUAUCAUUCCUUAUUAUCUUUACAGCCCGCAUUACAUUCACACCCUUUCACGUUUCAAUUGACCCAGCGCAACAGCAACGCGCCUUAAUUGAGCAGUACGCACCGCUUGGCGCGCUCACCCACCGCAGCAUGUUAAAUACCCUCCAAUUGCAUAUCAAUAAAUCGACACGACGCUGCUAAUAAAUGUGUGUAUUAAAUGUUGGGCAAACAAACUGGCCAAAAGCCCGAAUUUUCGGUGCAGGCUAAAGCGCAUUCGACAAAAUCGUGCCCUGCCCAAAACCCGGCACCGAUGCGCCGAAGCUUAAACCAAUAAUGGGCCCGGGCGAAACAGGACAGCCGGACAGCACACGGGUGUGACGAAUGCGAUUUUAUUCCCGCCUAACUUUUCCCACUCGAAGAGUGAACGUUGCCACGCGCUGCUCCCAAUUUCCCCACCGGCAAACAGUUUUCCCAACUGCGCCAUCGAUAGAGUCGCUUCCGACAGCAGCACAACAGCAACAGCAUCAGUUUAUCUGUGAAAGUAAACACCAGCGCACCAGUUCAGUGGAAGCAGUCUUACCCUUGUACCACCACCAUCACCAUCAGAGGAGCCGGGACGGGGUGGAAAAUGUUGGAAGUGCGUUGGUAAACGUGGAGGGGCCAAAGCUCGACUACUUCUGCCAGCGAGCGAGAUUUACGGAGGCGCAUCAAACCGGCAAAGUACACAAACACAAGCGCUAAAGCGUAGUGAAAAUGCGUUCACUUUUCCUCCGAGAAAGGGGAACGUGGAACGGUUUGGAAAUCGGAAGGAAAGAGCCCAUCCGUUCCGGCUCCGUCCUGCCCGCAGUCGUCGUGCCAUCGGGCGCGUCGCCAAUAUUACAGAUUCAUUAUGUUGAUAGAAUCAUCAUCAUCGUUUUGAUUUUGUAUUUACACAUAAUUUGAAUUUUAAAUAAACCGCUCACCGGUGCUGCCGGAGUGCGCUUGCGACGGUCCCUGGGCUGGGUCCGAUUGCCGAACCGUUCCGUACCGUGUUUCGUUUGCCCGUGCGUGCUACAAAAGCCUAUACACUUACUGGCUGGUUCGGCAAACGUUCCCGUUUUGCCUGAUGCUGCUCUGCUGCCACGCGGUGGAAACCAUUUUCGAAACCAUUCCUCUUGCGAGCGCCGGAAAUCUAUCAACUCAAAUCAACCACCGGCUACGGGCGGGUACGAAGCUACUGUGAUUCUACCGCUCCGUGGGGCAGGGAGGUUGAAGUGUUUCUCAAAGCGUCCGCUUGGGACGGAGCGCGUAGUGGUUCGAUGGUAGGCAGGCGUGCACGACUGUCGAUCUUUAAUCCUUGACUUGUCCUGCUGUGAAGCGGAGUGCCAGCAGUGACAGUAGUAAAUGAGAAACUGUCUGCUGAGCUGUACUUGCUGCCAGCAGCACUCGUGGGCACACGGGAAUUGAUAUGCUAAUUUCGCUCGUCACACGCACGAUAGUGGUGGAAUGGUGAAAUCGGUUUUGUUUUUCCGCCCGGGUCGGGUAGAUGGCGAGAAACGAUGGUGCGAUUUAUUCGUAUGCUAGCCAUUGCCACGGGAUAUGGGAAGGUUGUCAGAAGGUUUAUAAUAUAAAUCAAGUUUAAGUAAAGUGCGACAGGAUGAAAACUAGCCAAAGAGCUUUGAAGCAGAGCGAGCUGAACAGUUGUCGGUAAGAUUUUGAAUUGUUUGAUUGAAUUGUUCAAUUCUUUUUUUUCUUCUGCGAUUAGUUCUUAAGAGUGAAUUCUUAUCCGCUCUAGAUUAUAAUUCAAUAAUUCUUAACAGAUUGUGUCAACAUAAUCAAGUGCACUUUGUCAGGAGGAUCAGAAAUGACCAGGAUCAAUUCGCGAUGCUAUUAGCACAUAACGCUUACAUGUAUUAAUAUUAAACAGGCAAUGCCUGCUAAAGAUCUUGCGACCUUUUUCAGAAAUGAUUUAUCAGAAUUAAACGGAUAAUCUACCAUCAUAGCUCUUCAAGAGAUCCACCCUAAAUUUAUCUCAAGUUGUUGGGUAAUCUUUCCAACAACUACUCGAGACCGUAGAAUGAAUACUACAUAAUUGUAUAAUUCCACAUUGUAAUCGAGAAAUGCUCAUGUUCAACUAAAUAGUUUGAAGUAUUGGAAAUACUGUUCCAUUAGACUGUUUUAUGUCACAGAUUUGAUCCGGGACAAGCCAUAGAUGAGCUAACUCCAGUUCAGUAGUAUGUACUAAUAAGUAUCAUACGACUUUUUAUGUGCUUGAUGCAUGUCUUGUAUAAACUUUAUUAAAAUAGGAGUACAAAUGUAAACCUACAAUGAAAAUUUGAAGUUUAAAAUAACAUUAGUUUUUUUUAGUUACGAAAGGCUUGUAGAGUAAUGUAUCACAAAUUCUUUCAAUGGUUCGUUCUGCACUAUUUUUUGUCCAGAUAACGAAGGCUAAGAACAUCAUUAGUUAUAAAACAAGUCCCUCUGAUUUAUGUCACAUGCUGUUCAUUUAUCAACCGGAGUUUACCGAGCCAGUAAAAUUACGAUCAAUGUCAAAGGUUUGAAAAAUGGUCGAACCGUGGCACGUCAAAUGAAACAAUCUAUUUAAGAUGAACCACUAACGUCGAACGCAACACUGCUCCCCAACUGCUCACCAUUUCAAUCAACUGACUGGUAAAAGACGAUUAACAGCGUGAUGACAAACGCGCUUAAUCCCUGCCCGCCCGAAACUUUAUUUUUCCUUCACCGCUCAAAACCAAACUGAUCGAUAUUGGGAGGCGCAAACCAACUGUACCGGCCUCAACUCAAUAUCAUCGUCUCCAGCCAGCCAAACUGGGAGUGGUAGGAGUGCGAGAAAAAUGCAAAUUCUGUCAUCUGCCAGGCCAGUCGAUUUUCCACUUUCCCUCGAUUCGUUUGCGCGUACAUUCGCGCGAAACAACAACAACGUUCGUCGCACGAAAUAAAGCACCAACCAAAAACGGCAAACGGAAGUCGAAACGGCGGUGGCCACUGUUUAUCUUUCCCCGAUUCCGGAUUUUCACUGGAAUAUAUUGAAUUUAAGCAAAACCGGUGUGAGGUUUCGGUGCGACACCGGUUUCCCAACCACACGGUCAGAGUCAAUCCGUGGCACACUCACACCUAAAAAUAGCAGCCACCGGUACCCGGCCCGGGAUGAAAGCAGAAAUUAAACAAAAUCAGCGACAGUAAGCUUUCGUUUUUCUGUUCAUUUCUUGUGUUUUCUCUUGAGAGAGAGAGAGAGAGAGAGAGAGAAAGAAAGAGAGAGAGUGAGACGAACACGUGCCACGUGUUUGCAGACAAACGGCGUUACUUUACGGCCCGGUGCACAAACCCGGCCGGGGGAGGGCAAAAAUGAACAACUUUUCUUACGCCCAGAUAGAGCUUUUUCCCCUGAAUCUCUCUAUUUAUCUGCCUCAAACAAUCUCCAGCCACCAGUCACCAUACCGCCCGGAAUGGUGCAAAACGGAUCUGGCUAAAACAUAUUCUUCACCGCGUGUGUGGCUGCCCGCCCGCCUCUAGCAAGCGUGAGUAAUGAACGUUACGUACUAGAGGCAGCAGCGAGAAAAAUCUACACGUGUGCACACGUUCUACGUCACGCACAGCCCGUGCAAAAGUCCCAUAUACACAUCAGGCCCCAACCGUGAGGUCGGAGUGAAAAAUUAGGAAUUUCGUUAUUAAAUUUCCACCCAGUCACGUUUUCGACUUAUCAGAUUUGUUCGACAUCGACGAACUCCCCUUUCUACUGCUGUUGCUACGAAAGGUGUUAAAUGUUUCAUCGUGAUGGCAUUCUUUACGAUGACAACGGUGUAAUGUGCGCCCUUGUAACGGGGAGGAAGGCGAUCUAGGUACACAUAAAAACUCACCCACACACACACAUACAUGGAAACUGUAGCGGCAAAGAUUUAUAGAUUGUUGAAAAUCAUACCACAACUCGGCGAAUUUUUAGCAAUUUAAUUCAAACUCUGUCAGCAGUACGACUUUCUGUCGAAGGUAUGGGAUCAAUUUUUGGGAUCAUUUUUUUUUAAUUUUUGUUUUUGUUCAACAUCUGCCACUUGCUUUUCUACCUUAUUCUUUUUUUCAUCACGCUUCGCAUACAUUUCCGGCACCAUCCAUUCAUCAAUAACCUGGUGCAGGGGGUGUGCAUGAAUGGUUUGUUGUGUCACUAACGAUGAAAAAUGAUUAACAUUCUUUUCCGUUGUAAAGUGUUGUUGCGUUGUACGGAGCGCAGGGUUUGAGCCGGGUUAAAAGAUUACUGUUGCAAAAUGGUUUGUAAAACUUGUAAGUAAAAUAACCGCCGUAGAGUAGAGGCACGUGUGUACGUGUUACUUUGUUCAAGAUGCUGCAUGAAAUUUUGUUUUAUUUUAUGCUUUCCUUUUUCAGAGCGCUUCAAGCAAUAUAGCUACCGACCAAGUCGAUGCUGUAGUAUGACAUUCGAUGCCUAUCUAUUUUGAUGCUCCAAUCCAAUCGUCAUCUCAGAAUCAACGUUUUGCGUCGUCACCUUUAAUGAACCUUGAGCAGGCAAACGAGCAUGGGGUUCUUCGAUACCGAUGUGUAAAAUUUGUGUGAAUUAAAUGUAUAACAUAAAACAACCAUGCCGAUGUUACUAUACAAUUAGUACAAAACUGAACAAUACAAAAACAUGUCAAAAUGAUUAACAACUUUACGUGCAUUCGUGAAGAACUAAAUGCUACAGAUUUCAUCAUGAAAAUGGUUUACAAGGCGUAGGAGUUGAACAUUUAUGAUUAGAAUAUGUUUGGAUCUUUUAUUUUGCGAUUCGUAAAAGUAUCCAAAAAAACACCACAUUCAAUUUCUAACUUGUUCACAAACAGCGUGUUGUAUCGAUCAAUCAGUGGGACUUACAUUUGAAAAGUUACCUUAAACAAUAUUAUAUUGCAUAUUUGUAUUUAUAUGAACACAGUUACUACAAAAAAUUACUAGCCAACGUAUGUUAAUAUUUUUAUUUUUGGUCAUACAAAAAUAUGAGACCGUUUUGAUUUAGCACAAUUUGUUUAACCACUCUUUACUCUUUACAAAUAAUUUGUUCUUUUCAGUUCGCUUAUGCCGGACGCAUUCGCUCAGCAAACAAGUCACUACACACAUCCACAAUACCGUUGAACUUAAGAAGAGAACUAUCUUAAGGAGGUUGAUAUUUCAGAUUAACACGAUAAGCAACACAAAGUUCACAAAGACACCCAGCUAGCCGUAAAUAAAGCAACUUUAAAUGCGCGGACUCAGCUGUACCAAAACCUGUUCUGAAUCAACCAGCUGGGAAGCGGUGUUGGACAGGCCCUCAGUAAACCAGCUUAAAACAUUCCAGAAUGUAUUCAGCUACCAAAAAGGGCAUUGCUGAUCACUGAAGAUGUCGCAAUGUCUUAGCAGUUAAGGAACACACUAACACUACCACACAAUCGAGAGAGUUGUAUGAGCGAUCAAGGAUGAACAUUAUAAGAUAUAUAAAAAAUAUCUAUUAAUAAUACAGAUAUAUACAUACAUUUCAAAAUUGUUUGAUUGUCAAAUCGGAAUAAUCAGGUGACUUAACUGGGUACCAACGCUUUAAGCAAUUUAAGACUGAUUUAAAUUGUAUUUUAAAAUGUUACAAAACAAAGACCGACGUUAAACUAACGCCCAAUUCCAAUUCAACUUGAUCUCGCUUGUAAGCUCGAAACUCCAAACUAAACGAUCAACUUUCAUCAUCAUCAAAACUAGUUCAAAUGUCGGAAAUUUUAUUAUGCAACAAAACGCAAGGUCCCGAAGAAAAGUACGAGCUUCUUUCUAUUGCGUUUGAGAUAUUCAAUAAACUCGGCCUAAAACUAGACUGGUUUAAAAAAUAACUAAAUUUAGUAAACCUAUUUAAAUCUUAGAAACUGUACUAUUGCUGUAGAAAUGAUGACAAACAAAUACUGACUUUUUGGGUAGCGUACGAUCCUCACUAACACACACACACUGCUUAUUAAUAUUCAACUUUUGUGAACAACUCUUCUGCUAGCUGAUGGUGUGCAAAUCUUUCCUUCCGCUGACAUUCAGCAACCAUUCCAUCGUGUUGCAAAACACCCCCCAUUGCAUAGGCAAUAUCAUUUUACGCAACGCAAAAGGUGACUUUUCGUAUAUGGUCGAAUGAACGAACGAAGGCGUUAUUGGCGAGCUUAGAGCCAAUUCGAGCCCACCAAAUUCCAACCAAAAUAUAUGAGAUAAAAUUAAAAUCAACCCGAACACUGCUCAGCGUGUAUGUGUGUGUGUGUGUGCAUGUUUCGUAAACGUUCGUCUCGAACGCUUCAUCUCGGCUUUGGUGGUGUUGAUUUAGUAACAGCGUUUCACCAGCGGAAAGAAACGUAGCGUCCAACAGCUAGCGAGCUGGUCCUAAGGUUGUUUUAGACGGCGAACCUGCUCGAUGCUCGGCACCAUCGUCAUCAGUUUUUGGGGAUAAAAUAAGAAGUGAAACGAAGCGCACGAUUAAGAAAUGUAUCCAAUACACCAUCGACUGACCAGCAGCCGGAGGAGAAGAAACCGGGGUCGAGCGAAAGCCAAUCUCAAAACACAAAACAGACAACGAAAAGCCUAAAACGCGUAUCUUGUAUGCAUUAACCAGCCGCAACGCUAGUUGGGCGGAAGCAGGAAUCGACAUUCAGAAAAAUGCGUUGCGUCUGUGCCACGUGCUUGUCCGAAUGGGGUUGAUCCAACAUUGGACUUUUGUUGGCCAUUGUACGGUAAUGGCAAACAUUUUAGACAAGAAAAAAGCGAAAGAGCGAAUGCUGAUGGUGAGACUGUUUAGUUGGGAAAUUUGGUCCAUAUCUCCCACUAACCUCCACAAGCAGGUGAUAGUGAACUCUGGACGGAUCAUGGGAGAUGUGGCCAUUUUUCUCUCCGACCGUAAUUUCUUACGCUUCAGCAAGCGGUCCAAUCUUUUGUCACACACGAAACACACACGAAACAAAAAACCCUUUCGCCCUUUGUGGACGUCGUGUCGCGCAGACAACAGCAACAAAGCGAUCACAAUUAAUUCGCUCUCUGUUCAGCGUAAAAGCUUCGCAAGGUCAAACUUUUAGGGCGGGCUGCUGAUGAUGGUGAAUUUGUUACGAGAAACGAGAUUGCGAUGGCAACAGAACUGAGGGCUUGUGAAUUGAUAUUGUGACAGGGUCACUAGUGAAUUUGGAUGUGUUUUCUCAUCAUUUCGAGACGUUCGUUGUUUGAUCAGCGAAAAGAGCAUAAGAGGCGAGCAAUCGAUCGUAUCGAGCAAGUCAUUAAUCAUUCGUUUUAAGCUGUCGCUUAAAACGGGCAGUUGGUUGCAUAAGAGUAGAGCUUAUUUUAAACCAAACGAUCGGUGAGCAGCAAAGAUACACUAACAAGUGGCCGGAACAAAUAAAUGCUUGAAAUUUAAGCUUGCAUCAAUCGCAAGACAC